GGGGGCCGGCGGCGCAGAGAGAGACGGAGCGAGUCAGUAGCGAAGGAGUCGACGCGCGCACGGCGAGCCCGCCCGCCCCAGCUUCUCCGCACACAGGCACCCGGGUGAGGGCUGCUUGCCUUUGGGAGCGCUCCAAUGCCUGGACCUACCCAAGCGCUGUCCCCAAAUGGAGAGAACAACAACGACAUCAUCCAAGAUAACGGCACCACCAUCAUCCCUUUCAGGAAGCACACAGUGCGAGGGGAGCGUUCCUACAGUUGGGGAAUGGCGGUCAACGUGUAUUCUACCUCUAUAACCCAAGAGACUAUGAGCAGACAUGACAUCAUUGCAUGGGUGAAUGAUAUAGUAGCUUUAAACUACACAAAAGUUGAACAACUAUGUUCAGGUGCAGCUUACUGCCAGUUCAUGGAUAUGUUGUUCCCAGGCUGUAUUAGCUUGAAGAAAGUAAAAUUUCAAGCAAAGCUGGAACAUGAAUAUAUUCAUAACUUCAAACUUCUACAAGCAUCAUUUAAACGAAUGAAUGUGGAUAAGGUUAUUCCAGUGGAGAAAUUAGUGAAGGGGCGCUUCCAAGACAACUUGGAUUUCAUACAGUGGUUUAAGAAAUUCUUUGAUGCUAACUAUGAUGGGAAAGAAUAUGAUCCAGUGGAGGCCCGGCAAGGCCAAGAUGCUAUUCCACCGCCUGAUCCUGGUGAACAGAUCUUUAAUUUGCCAAAAAAAUCUCAUCAUGCAAACUCUCCUACAGCAGGUGCUGCCAAAUCCAGUCCUGCUUCAAAACCGGGCUCUACACCGUCUCGUCCAUCAUCAGCAAAAAAGACACCACCAAGCAGCUCAGCAUCAAAAUCUGAUAAAGAUUUGGAGACACAAGUCAUACAGCUCAGUGAACAGGUACAUUCAUUAAAACUUGCACUUGAAGGUGUGGAGAAGGAAAGGGAUUUCUAUUUUGGAAAGCUAAGGGAGAUCGAGCUUCUCUGUCAAGAACAUGGGCAGGAAAAUAAUGACCUUGUCCAGCGGCUAAUGGAAGUUCUGUAUGCUUCAGAAGAACACGAGAGCCACACAGAUGAACAUGAAGCUGAGGACCAGGUUCAUGAACAGCCCCAGCAGCAGGAAGAAUACUGAAAAAGCCUGGCACAUUUGCUACUUUUUAAUUUUGUGUGGGAACUUAUCUUCUGAAGAAUGGAACGUGUGUGGCCUCAGACUUGAAACCAAUCACUCUCAGUCUGCCAUUAACAUAAAUGUACCAUAGUGAGUGUCAGCCAGCAGCUGCAUUCUGUACCCAUCCUUUGCCAACAUGUGUUUGCAGAAGUCUCCUUUCAGGAUAUGCACCUGAGAAGGUCUCCGGGCUCUGUCCCCAUUUUCUACCAAUGCAACUUCAAAUAUUUGGCUGCUUGAGAUUUGUUCAGCUUUUAAAAAUAUAUAUAUAUAUAAAAUAUAUAUUUAUUUUUUUCCUUUUGUCUUAAGUAUGAUACAUUUGUAAUUUGUUCAAAACUAUUUAUAUGGGCAUCUCUUAUGACAAAAAGUACUGUUCCGUUCGAUUUCUCCAAUUUCGUGUUAAUUUUGGCCUUUAAUAGGGCAUAAAUUUGGUCAGACUGUGCAAAGGAGAGGAAACUAUUGAAACCACACUCAAAUUAUACUGGUCCCCGUCUUUUAUCACAACAGACAAGUGAGCAACUUUUUCCUUUUUUUUAUUUUAAAAAAGCAGAACUGUAACCCUCCUGAUGUUGUACACCAAAGCAUGUUAGAAAUCUACACAGUAUAUGUUUUAUUUCGGAAUAUGCAUACAUGCCUGUCUAAUUCUUACACUGAGAGCUCUGUGACACUUUCCUUGCUACUGUAAAUGUUCUUUCCCCCCAAUUCCAUAUUCAGUGUCUUGUUGGUUCAAGCAUUCGUGAAACUUUCACCACUGUAGCUGCACCUGCAGAUUUCACUUGGCUACAAACUUCCACUGUUGGAAAUGGCAAUUAUGUGAAUCAACCACUUUCCUCUUACUUGUGUGUACAUGAAAUUGGGGGGGAAAUAUUUUUUUUAAUUGUAGGAUUGGACAUGCCAAAACAUUUACCAGCACAAUCGUACAUGGUUUUUCCUCUGAAGUCUUUAUAGUCUUCUUUGAAAUGUAUUGUUCAUUGAGCACCUCUUUUCCAUACAGAUGCUAGUGCCACUUUUCAGGCUUAGCCUGGGAAGUAAAGAUACAUUACCCCGAGAUGCAAAACAGGAAUAGUUCUGUGGUCUGCAACUCCUGAAAGCAUUGGCAGAAUGCAGGAACAAAGUGUUAGUUUACAGAAUUGUUUCAUUGCCACAGGUUUUAAUAUUACCUUUAUUUAUCUUGCAGUUAGAUGGUGACAUUUUGUAGUAGAAAAAUAGCAAACCAUGUAUUAAAACAUUCCUUAUUUCCUAAACUUAAAUUGCACAUUUUCUUAGUCCAGUUGUAGGUUUAUUUGUUUUUAUUUAUUUGUGGGGGGGGUUUUCCCUUGCUACUUCAUUCCUCAUCCUCAGUUUGAUAUUUGACUGGUUAUUUGGCUAGGCAAGUACAGCAACAGAAAUUUAAUGGAAUAUCAACCUGCAGGCUACAAAUAUUGAAGGUGUCCAUGUAGCCUUUUGAACUCCAGAAGAUGAGCGCCGCACCCCAUAGUCGCCUUUGACUGGACUUAACCAUCCAGGGUUCAUUUACCUUUAUCUUUACCUUUUCAUUGAUUCAAGCAAGAAGCUCUCGCAUCUUUAAAUUGCUCCUUUUUUGCAGUAAAGUGGCUCAUAUGUAGUCAUUCAGCUCAGGCAGCAUGUAUAAUACGGUUAAACAUUCGAAGAAAUGUUUGCAUCUCCUUAGCUUAACCCCUUUGGCUCAACAGAGCUGUAAUCAAUCUCUUCAUAUUGGAAAUGUUUACACAGCUUGGCCCCCCAUCCCUUUCAACUUUAUCACCAUGAAAAUCAAUGUGCCCCCCCUUUUAACCCUACCCUUUCUUAAUUGUUCAAAGUGAUUUGGUUUCACUUAAAGGCUUUAUACAUAAAACAAUAAAAGAACAGUUACUUUCAGAAGGAUGUAAUAUGCUAUCAUGAUGCAGAAUAGGAAAAAAAUGCAUAUUCUGUUUUACAGUGCCCACAAUUGUAUUAUUACUUCUAGUCGUGUUGUCUCCCAAGAUUCUAGUUUUGCUGUUUCCAAAAUGCCCAUUGUGAUCAAAGGGAAGAUCGGGCAGUUCCAAGUUUCCUGAACCAGCCUUUAAGCACCCAGUCAUUGUCACAAAUGCAGUUGUAUCCGUUUCAUUUUUCCUCUUGAGCAAAUUUUCAGAUCACUUCCUUUUGAAGUGCUUUCUGGGCUUUUCUGGGUUUCUUUGUUCCCUGAGAGUUCCCAUCAAAGCCUCUUUGCCCCCUAGUCCUGUCACUUAGCUUCUAUGUGUGUAUGUGUGUGUGAAAGGGAGGGGGGGUGGACUGUGUCUGAUUUUCUUCUGUUGUUUUUGUAUAAUCGACCUGUGGGGCAGUUUCACUCUGCCACUUUUUUGUUAGGAGACAGAAAGUGGCUGGCCUAGGAGGCAGGAGGAUAGUCAUUUAUAAUGUACACAAAUAUAUAUAGGAGCCUGAUCUGCUCAGUUGUGCUGAGGGGAGUGAGAGACUCUGGAAAGGGAAAGAGGACAACCCCCACCGUGGUGAGUAACCCUGUUAUUCCGUUAUGGUUUUAAUAUGCAUUUGUAAUUACUUUUACUAAAUAGCACACCAUAAAGCUUUGGUUAUAUAUUAAAUGUAAACUGAAAGGAAUGUAAACAUAUGUAUUGUUAAUUAUAAAUAGAUAAGUAAUGACUUAAUAGAUGCAAAAAGUCUUAUUCAGAUGUAUCAAUCAUUUUACGUUACCCACCAAUUGUCGCAUGAUAGAGUAGACUUUUUUUGGUCUCUGAAUAUGUGAAUAACUUGACUUGCGUUAUCUUUUUACAUAUUUAAUAAAAAAAAGUAUAUGUUACAA